AUGGCGGCGAAGCAGCCCCCGCCACUGAUGAAGAAGCACAGCCAGACCGACCUGGUGAGCAGGCUGAAGACGCGCAAGAUCCUGGGGGUCGGCGGGGAGGACGACGACGGCGAGGUCCAUCGCUCAAAGAUUAGCCAGGUACUGGGAAAUGAAAUCAAGUUUGCUGUCCGGGAACCACUGGGGCUCAGGGUCUGGCAGCUGGUUUCCGCCGUCAUGUUUUCCGGGGUCGCUGUCAUGGCCCUUGCUUUCCCUGACCAGCUCUACGACGUUAUCUUUGACGAGGAGUCGGUGAGCAGCAAGACUCCCAUCCGGCUUUACGGAGGAGCCCUGCUCAGUGAGUGCCGUGCUGCUGCCCUGUGGAACGCUGCAUUAGAGGGCAGCACGAAACCGCUUUGUGCUGCUUGCCUCCAUUUGUAUUUUCAUCACCAACCGCUGCCUUGUCUCCCUCCUUCUCCUCCAGUUACCACUGUCUCCCUGGUUGAGAGCAGCCGGAUAGCCACAGGUGCCGUGCUCCUCCUGGUCAGCCGAGCCGUCUUCAUCCUCAUCAGCAUUUAUUAUUAUUACCAAGUUGGACGCCGUCCCAAGAAAGUCUAA